CGGGGCGGGGCGGCGCGGCGCGGGGGCUGCCGGGAAGGCGGCAUGGGCCAAUAGGCGGCGAGCGGCGGUGCACGGCCUGCGCCUCGCGCUCCGGCGGGCGGAAUUAUGGAUCCGAGCUUACUGAGAGAGCGAGAGCUGUUCAAAAAGCGUGCCCUCUCCACACCAGCGGUAGAAAAACGUCCAGCGCCAUCUUCUGACUCCUCUUCCAAAAAGAAGAAAGCAAAGGUAGAACAAGGAGGCUCCUCAAGCUCAAAGCAAAACACAGAUCACAGCAAUGGAUCAUUUAACUUGAAAGCCCUUUCAGGAGGCUCUGGCUACAAGUUUGGAGUCCUUGCUAAAAUAGUGAAUUAUAUGAAGACCCGGCACCAGCGGGGUGACACACAUCCCUUGACCCUGGAAGAGAUCUUGGAUGAAACACAGCAUUUAGAUAUUGGACUCAAACAGAAACAAUGGUUAAUGAGUGAGGCUCUUGUCAACAAUCCCAAAAUAGAAGUGGUAGAUGGGAAGUAUGCUUUCAAACCCAAGUACAACUUGAAAGAUAAAAAGGCUCUGCUCAGGCUCUUGGACAAGCAUGACCAGCGAGGCCUGGGAGGAAUCCUUCUAGAAGAUAUUGAAGAAGGGCUACCCAAUGCACAGAAAGCUAUCAAGGCUUUAGGGGACCAGAUCAUCUUUGUUAAUCGCCCUGAUAAGAAGAAAAUCCUUUUCUACAAUGACAAGAGCUGCCAGUUCACUGUGGAUGAAGAAUUUCAGAAGCUGUGGAGGAGCAUUCCUGUGGAUUCUAUGGAUGAGGAGAAGAUUGAAGAGUAUCUGAAACGACAGGGGAUUUCUUCCAUGCAAGAAACUGGACCAAAGAAAAUAGCUCCUAUUCAGAGGAGGAAGAAGCCAGCUUCUCAGAAGAAACGUCGGUUUAAGACUCACAAUGACCACUUGGCUGGAGUAUUAAAAGAUUACUCUGAUGUCGUUCCUGGCAAGCAGUGACCGCCUGAACUCUGCAGCAAGUGUGGGUUUCAUGCAGGCUUUUUGCCACCCAGCCUCACUGUCUGCUUGCAGAAAGACUGACUGUAUAUAGUUAUGUGAUGUGUUUCCCCCCCAUCCCAGCAGCACCAGGUCUGUGUAAGAGCGAGUUUGAACUCCUAAAAGUAGAGUUUAAUUUAACUGGCUGAUGGGAAAUGUGUCUUUAAGAGGUUCUGGCUGCUCAGCCUCUUGGCAUGGAAUGGUAAAUGGUGCU